AUGAAUUUUUCAUUUCAAGAAUUGGCAUUAAUUGCUAUUGCUUUAGAUGAUGAAGAAGCUACAACCGUCAAGAGUAAAAGGAGAUUUUCUGUACAUCCUACGUGGCAGAAAAGAGAACAAGAAGGUGAAUACCACACUCUCUACAAAGAACUUUUGGAUGACGAGACUCAAUUUUAUAUGUAUUUUCGUAUGACAAAAGAAUGUUUUGCUUUACUGGAAAACAAGCUAAGCCCUCACUUACAUAAGAAGUACACUUUUAUGAAAAGAGCCAUCACACCCCGUGAACGAUUGGCUGUAUGUUUACGAUUUUUGGCCACUGGUGACUCACAUAUGACAAUAUCAUUUAGCUACCGUUUAGGUCAUAGCACAGUUAAUAAAAUUGUCAAAGAGACAUGCAAAAUUAUUGUUGACCAAUUAAUGAGUGAGGUAUUACCCGAGAUGACUACGGAAAUGUGGAAAGCGGUUGCUGAAGACUUCUGGCUACUGUGGAAUUUCCCAAACUGCUUAGGAGCACUAGACGGUAAACAUGUAGUGAUUGAAGCGCCACCGAACAGCGGAUCUUUAUUUUUUAAUUAUAAGUCAACAUUUUCUAUUGUUUUGUUGGCUCUAGUAGAUGCGAAAUGCUGUGGGUUGCGUAGGUAA